UCUUGAUAUACUUUUCUUUUGGUUCUGGAAUCAUUAACAGGGCACCUUUUCCAUCGUUCUAAACUUUUUUCUAUCUGUUUCAAAGGGUUAACACUUUUAACAUAGUUCUUGUUUCUGAAGGGGAACAAGCGCUUGCUGCUGCGGCGGGACGGAGGAUGGAGGAGGAGACGGAGAGGCUCCUCGUCUCAGUGAGGAACUACAUGGUCUUCCUGUACGUCGGCUCCGUGACCGCCUCCAUCGCGCCAAGGCUGGCAAUGAAGGUCGUUUCGACCACCGUCGCCUCCUCCAUACGCUUCCUCUCCGACGGCUACGACCUCUCGGUCACCUGCUCCUUCUUCGCCAUGGCCACACUGCUCCUGCAGGGCAAGCUGGCGCGCGUGCUGGAGAGGAGGCCCGCCCCGGCGCCGAGGCUGACCCCGCUCGCCGCGUGGCCGCUCGCUGUCUGCACCUGGGUGUCCAUGACGGCCUUCUUCCUCAACUACCUCACCUUCGGCGACGACGAUCUGGGGGGCUACGGCGAGUGGGCGGUGGCCGGCGUCGCGUCCGCGGUGAACCUUCUCAUGGCAGCACGUAGCGUCAUGCGUCACCUGGCUUGAGGAUGCUUCGCCGGGAAAACAGAGCGGUUGCAGAGUUUGGGUCGGUCAUGUCUGCCGUGCCUCCGUUUAUCUGUCCUCUUCUUGUCGUUAGAAUAAGUUACUUAUUAGUCGUAGAAUUGUCCUGGUCGAUGGCCGUAGCGUGUGCAACAGUUUGAUGAUCAAGGGUGGUUGUCUGGCGUUUUUAUCUACCGUUCGAAUUUGGAGGGGAUUCUCCUUCUUUGGAUGGAACACGGAAGGGAUCUGGCCUUGUUUAGUGGAGUAUUUAUGUGGGAUUGUGUUCUACUGUUUUUUGGCGAACAAUUUGUUG